CUUACAUUUUGUCUAUAACCUUUUCCCUUUGCUCAGGCAGCAAACCACUCUGUCAGCUGCGUUCACUCUUCGUUGCUGGAAAGAAGAUUAUCUCCUUUUUAAAUGGCCAACAACUACAACGGCGGCAGCGGUAGCGGCCGCCAACAGCAGGGAGGACCAUAUGACAACGUGCCGCCCACGCAGUAUCUGGGCCGCCACGACCAGCAGGAGCAAGACCCGUACGGCGAUGCCGGAUACGACGACUACGGUCGUCCCGAGUCGUUUGACGUGUCGUACUACGCGUCACAGGAGCCGGCAGAUUACUCGGAUCAAAUCUACAUGAGCAACACUGGCGGCAGCGGCCAGGACGGCGGUCCCAGCCUGCUGAGCCCGGACGGGCCGAUGGCCCAGGGCCCCAUGAUGGGCGAGCUGCCCCCGCGCCGCCGCCGCAACGGCAAGAACCGCGACUCGGAUGUCGAGAGCGUCAGCGACUUCUCGGUUCGCUCGUCGAUUGUGCGCACGCCCGCCUCGCACGGCUCGAACGACGUCGACAUCUUUGGCGCGUACCGCAGCAACGGCUCUGGGCCGGGCGCCGCCGAUGACCGCUACGCCUCGUACGCGCCAUCGACAGAGUCGCUGAUCCACAUGAUUGAGAACAAAAAGUCGUACCGGCCCACGGGGUCUGUCACAUCGUUCUCCCGCAGCGCGUCCUGGGUCUCCAACGGGCAGGGCGGCUUUAUGGACUUCCAGAACAACGACGCGUUCCUCAACGCCGACGUGCCGUACCCGGCCUGGAGCGACCCCAACCAGAUCCCGCUGUCCAAGGAGGAGGUCGAGGACAUCUUCCGCGACCUGACCGCCAAGCUCGGCUUCCAGCAGGACAACAUGCGCAACAUGUACGAUGCGAUGAUGACCAUGCUCGACUCGCGUGCGUCGCGCAUGAGCCCGACCAUGGCGCUGCUGAUGCUGCACUCGGACUACAUUGGCGGCGACCACGCCAACUACCGCCGCUGGUACUUUUCGGCCCAGCUGGACCACGACACGCCGCCAGUGCGUGAGCAGAUUGACCCGAAGCAGCAGCAGGAGCUGCUGGAGGAGGAGGGCGACGAUCCCAAAAAGGACACGCCCGCCGCCUUCAUGGAGAAGUGGCGUGCGCAGAUGAACGCCAUGUCGCAGUACGAGCGCGCCCGCCAGAUUGCGCUGUGGAUGCUGCUGUGGGGUGAGGCUGGAAACCUGCGCUACACUCCCGAGCUGCUGUGCUUCCUGUUCAAGGUUGCCGAGGACUAUGUCAAGUCGCCCGAGGCCCAGCAGCGCGUCGAGCCGGUGCCCGAGGGCCAGUACCUGUGCAACGUCGUGUGCCCGCUGUACAACUUUUUGCGCGAUGAAGGCUACGAGGUCGUCAACGGCAAGUACCUGAAGCGCGAGCGCGACCACGCCAAGACUAUUGGCUACGACGAUGUCAACGAGCUGUUCUGGACCCCCGAGAGCCUGCGGUGGAUCAAGUUCGAGGACAAGUCGCUGCUGAUGGACGUGGCUCCGCACGAGCGCUGGAACCGUCUGGCCGACGUCAGCUGGAAAAAGUCGUUCCGCAAGACGUUCAAGGAGCGCCGCACCAUGUGGCACUUUAUGACCAACUUCUCGCGCGUGUGGAUCAUGCACAUCACUGUGUACUGGUACUACAUCAUCUACGUCGCCAACUUUUUGUACGACCCGUACUUUGAGUGGCACGACCCGACCUUCAGCAAGGCCAACCCCCAAGGCGCCAAAGUACCGCUCCCGAACCAGGACGCCAAGCGCUACACGCUGAUGGCCUGCGGCGGUGCGCUCGCGCCGUUCCUUGCGAUCAUGGGCACUGUCGCCGAGAUGUUCUUUGUGCCGCUGAACAAGUCCACCCAGCGCCAGCUGUGGCUGCGCAUGCUCAUCCUGGUCAUCAUUCUUGCUGCUGACAUUGCGCCGACGUUCUGGAUCUGGGGCAAGGGUGACGACCCGAAUUUUGACCUGGAAGGACUCGAUCUCCAGGCGCCAAUGCAGGAAAAUGACCCUAGAACGCAGACAGAUGUGGAUGCCUCCGUCCUGUCGACCUGGCGUGUUGCUCGUGCAGUGGCCAUCGUGCAGUUCUGCUACUCGGUUGCCUUCACGAUCUUCCUGUCGCUGAUGCCGCCUGCGCUGAUGUUCAAGCAGCGCAAGAAGAACCGCAACGGCCGCGGCCUGAUCAACCGCACCUUUGCCGGCAACUUCCCGCCGCUCAAGGUCGCGCCGCGCGCCAUCUCGCUGUGCCUGUGGGGAGCCAUCUUCCUCUGCAAGUACAUCGAGUCGUACUUCUUCCUGGCCCUGUCGUUCAAGGAUCCGUUCCGCUGGCUCUACCGCUACUUCCCAGACGAGAACAGCUGCGUUGAGCGCUUCUUUAACUCGCAGCUGUGUGUCAACCAGCACUACAUCACGCUCGGGUUCAUGCUGCUCCUCGAUCUGGUGCUGUUCUUCCUCGAUACCUAUCUGUGGUAUGUCGUGUGGAACACCGUGUUCUCGGUUGGCCGCUCGUUCUACCUCGGUGUGUCGAUCUGGACACCCUGGCGCAACGUCUUUGGCCGUCUGCCCAAGCGCAUCUACGCCAAGAUCCUGGCCACGGCCGACAUGGAGGUCAAGUACAAGCCCAAGGUGCUGUGCUCGCAGAUCUGGAACGCAGUGGUGAUCUCGAUGUACCGCGAGCACCUGCUGUCGGUCGACCACGUGCAGAAGCUGCUGUACCAGCAGGUCACCAGCGAGGACGACGGCAAGCGCACCCUGAAGCCGCCCACGUUCUUUGUUUCGCAGGACGAUGCUGCCUUUGAGCAGGAGUUCUACCCGUCGCACUCGGAGGCCGAGCGUCGCAUCACGUUCUUUGCGCAGUCGCUGUCGUCGGUUCUGCCCGAGCCGGUGCCUGUCGAGAACAUGCCCACGUUCACUGUUCUGACCCCGCACUACUCGGAGAAGAUCCUGAUGUCGCUGCGCGAGAUUAUCCGCGAGAGCGACCAGUACACCCGCGUCACAGUUCUCGAGUAUCUGAAGGCGCUGCACUCGGACGAGUGGGACAACUUUGUCAAGGACACCAAGAUCCUUGCCGAGGAGAACUCGUCCAACUUUGGCCAGGCCUCGGCAUACGGCCAGGCGUUUGCCCAGGAUGCCGACAAGGCGGAGGUGAAGACCAAGACCGACGACCUUCCGUUCUACACCAUCGGCUUCAAGAGCGCUGCGCCCGAGUUCACCCUGCGCACGCGUAUCUGGGCGUCGCUGCGUUCCCAGACGCUGUACCGCACCAUCUCCGGCUUCAUGAACUACGCCAAGGCGAUCAAGCUGCUGUACCGUGUCGAGAACCCCGAGAUGGUCCACCUGUUUGGCGGCAACGGCUCUGAGCGCCUGGAGCAGGAGCUCGAGCGCAUGGCUCGCCGCAAGUUCAAGUUUGUUGUGGCCAUGCAGCGGUACCUGAAGUUCAACAAGGACGAGCGCGAGGCAUCCGACUUUUUGCUGCGCACCUACCCCGACCUGCAGAUUGCGUAUCUCGAGGAGGUCCCCGCUGUCGAGGAGGGCGAGCUGCCGCGCAUCUACUCGUGCCUGAUUGACGGGCACUCUGAGGUCGGUGCUGACGGCCGCCGCAAGCCGUACUACCGCAUCCAGCUGCCGGGCAACCCGAUUCUCGGUGACGGAAAGUCUGACAACCAGAACCACGCGAUUGUGUUCACCCGUGGCGAGUACCUGCAGCUCAUUGAUGCCAACCAGGACAACUACCUGGAGGAGUGCGUCAAGAUCCGCAACAUGCUUGGUGAGUUUGAGGAGUACAACCCGCCCACCGUGUCGCCCUACUCGCCUGCCGCCGAGCCGCAGAAGCCACCCGUUGCCAUUGUCGGUGCGCGCGAGUACAUUUUCUCGGAGAACGUCGGUAUUCUUGGAGACGUCGCUGCCGGCAAGGAGGCGACGUUCGGUACGCUCACUCAGCGCAUCAUGGCUGAGAUUGGCGCGCGUCUGCAUUAUGGCCACCCGGAUUUCGUCAACUUCAUCUUCAUGACCACGCGCGGAGGCAUCUCGAAGGCGCAGAAGGGUCUGCACCUCAACGAGGAUAUCUAUGCCGGUAUGAACUCGUUCACGCGCGGUGGACGCAUCAAGCACACCGAAUACUUCCAGUGCGGUAAGGGCCGUGAUCUCGGGUUCUGCUCGACGCUCAACUUCAUCACCAAGAUCGGCACUGGUAUGGGUGAGCAGAUGCUGUCGCGCGAGUACUACUGGCUCGGCUGCCAGCUGCCGCUGGACCGCUUCCUGACAUUCUUCUACGCGCACCCGGGCUUCCACAUCAACAACAUCAUGAUUAUGUCGUCGGUGCAGCUGUUCAUGAUCUGCAUCAUGUUCAUUGCGGCCAUGAGUGUGACGGUGGACACCUGCAACAAGGUCGACAUGAACGUACCGGAAUAUGCAAAUAGCCUCGAACCAACAGGAUGUUUCCUGCUGCAGCCCAUUGGUGACUGGAUCAACAGAACCACGCUGGCUAUUCUUCUUGUGCUGCUGAUUGCGUUCCUGCCUCUGUUCCUGCAGAUGCUGACGGAGCAGGGCUUUAGCCGGGCCAUUUCGCGUCUGGGCAAGCAGUUCAUGUCGCUGUCGCCGCUGUACGAAGUCGAGGUUACGCUGGUGUACUUUAGCUCGCUGAUGACCAACCUGUCGUAUGGUGGUGCGCGGUAUAUCGGUACUGGCCGUGGCUUCGCGACCUCGCGCCUGCCGUUCGCUACGCUCUACUCGCGGUUCACAGACUCGUCGAUCUACUUUGGAAUUCGCCUGAUGAUGCUUCUGACGUUCUUCUCGGCGGCGUAUUGGCGCUGGCCCAUCAUCUAUUUCUGGGUGUCGAUUGCGGCCAUGAUCAUCACGCCGUUCCUGUAUAACCCGCACCAGUUUGUCCUGACCGACUUCAUCAUCGACUUCCGCGACUGGCUGCGCUGGCUCGGCGCUGGCAACAGCUCGGCGAACCCGAACUCGUGGAUCGCGCAUGUGCGCCUGACCCGUAUCCGUAUCACUGGCUACAAGCGCAAGCGUCUUGGUGAGCGGACCCCGACGACUGGCCAUAUCUCGCGUGCGCACACGGCCAACAUCAUCUUUGCCGAGAUCCUGCUUCCGCUGAUCAUGGCCAUCAUCAUGCUGGUUGGGUACACGUACAUCCACAGCACCUCAAACAGGAAGGAUAUCGAUGAGGGCAAAAUGGAUAUCCCCAGGUCGACGCUGAUUCGCAUCCUCAUCCUGUCGCUUGCACCCAUCAUCAUCAACAUGGUCAUCACCAUUGCGUUCUUCUUUGUGUCGAUUGGGUUUGGGCCGUGCUGCGCCAUGUGCCUGCCGCAGUUCGGCAAGGUCAUUGCUGGCGUCGUGCACACGAUCACGGUCAUUGUGUACGUUGCCAUCUUCUUCCUGCUGUGGUGGCUUGACGACUGGAUCAUGAACCAUGCAAUUCUGGGCAUGAUUUGUGUCGUGUAUGUCGAGAUUGCGAUCUUUGCGAUCCUGCAGCACCUGCUUCUGUCGCGCGAGUUUGGUGAGGACGAGACCAACGUCGCGUGGUGGACUGGACGGUGGUAUGGCAAGGGCAUGGGCGGCUGGGCGUUCACGCUCACGAUGCGCGAGUGGCUCUGCAAGGUCAUCGAGUGCUCGAUCUUUGCCGCUGACGUGUUCACUGGCCUGGUCACGCAGUUCUUCCUGUCGGUGUUCACACUGAUUCCGUGGGUCGACAAGUGGCACUCGGCGAUGCUGUUCUGGCUCCGCCCGUCGCGGCAGAUCCGCCCGCCCAUCUACUCGCUCAAGCAGCGCAAGCAGCGCCGCCGCACGGCUAUCGGAUACGGCAUCCUGUUCAUCAUCCUCUUUGUCCUCUUCCUGGCGGUCAUCAUCGUCCCGCAGGUCAUCACGAUUGAUGCUAAGCCGCCCGAUACCAUCGUUGGCUAUCUGGAUGGCACAAAGUUCUAAAUUCCUUUUUUUAUGUUUUUCCUUUUUUCCUCUAUCUCA